CUUCUCCUCUAGCUCCUUCUGCCCCGAAUACUCAUGAUAUAUACAGACUUGUUUGCGAAGCUGCUCGGCGUUCUGGAAGCCAUUCAGGCUCGUGCUGCCACCCCAAAUAGGCUCUCUCUUGGCGCGGCAGCAAGCGUAGUGGCGUUAACGAUUGUCCUGAGGUACCUCACCGCGAAACAACCAAAGCUCAUAACAGACUACGCGAAAGUAGCGAGGAAAGUCAAUGAUAACGGAGUCGAGUUUGAUGAGUGGGACUUCAUCAUUGUUGGAGGAGGCACAGCAGGAUGUGUUCUGGCAUCACGUCUCUCCGAAGAUCCAAACCUGCGAGUUUUACUCAUCGAGGCUGGUGGAAGCUCUAAAAAUGUCGCGCUAAGCAAGACACCUGCUGCGUUCGCGAAACUAAUGCGCAGUCCAUGGGACUACCAUCUCUAUACUGAGCCUCAGCGAAAUGCAGGCAACAAGAAAAAAUUCUGGCCUCGCGCUAAACUUCUCGGAGGAUGCUCUGCUAUGAAUGCCAUGAUUGCACAAUACGGCGCACCGUCCGAUUUCGACGAAUGGGCGGAAAUUACUGGUGACCAAUCCUGGUCGUGGAACAACUUCAGCAAAUAUAUUCGCAAAUUCGAGAAAUACACCCCAGACCCACGCUUCCCAUAUGUUGAUCCACUCCUCCGCGGCGCCGAUGGGCCUGUUAAGAUUGGGUACAACACCCACUUAUGGCCAGGCUGCAAAGCUUUUAUCGAGGCAAGCAUUAACGCCGGCAUCCCUUUCUCACCCGAUUUCUGCACGACUAAAGGAACGAAGGGGACAAAUAAGGCGAUGACGUACAUCGACAGCAAGAGCACUCGUAUAACUACCGAGUCUGCAUACCUUACUGAUGACGUUCUUGCACGUCCGAAUUUGAAAGUCGUCACCCACGCGCGCGUUUCCAAGGUUCUCUUUGACACCUCCAGUGGCACCCCACGUGCCACUGCUGUCGAGUUUGCCAGCAAAUCUCAUAUGAAUAAAGUCGGGCCCAAGUUCCGUGCACGGGCGACUAAAGAAGUCAUUGUCUCCGGUGGCGCCAUACACUCUCCGCAGAUCUUGAUGCUUUCGGGCAUUGGUCCAGCUGCGCAGCUUUUACGUCACAACAUUCCGGUCGUGCUCGACGCCCCCAGCGUCGGGGCUAACCUCGUGGAUCACCCAUCAGUCAAUCUCCGGUUCAGGGACAAAACGGGAACCACGUUCCACCAUUUUACCCCUCAUAGUUUGAGCACCACGUUCUUGUUGAUGCGCGACGUGCUGCGAUAUCAACUGUGGGGCACCGGCCCACUUGCUUCUAGUAUUGGCGAGUCUGUAGCAUUCUUCCGAUCAGACGACCAGGUGCUCUUCCCACCCGCUGAGUACAACAAUGACCUCGAAGACGCUAGUUCAGGCCCAGGCGCCCCCGACCUCGAGAUCCUCAUGUGUGCCGCCUCAGUACAUUCACACAACAUACCCCUCAGCCCAAAGCUCCAGGCAUAUCAGAUGAUCAUUAUCUUAUUACGUCCCACGAGUAAAGGAUCGCUCCUUCUCAAGUCUGCCGACCCUUGGGAUGACCCGCUCAUGGAUCCCAGCUACCUCGAAACAAAACAUGAUGUCGACGUACUCGUUCGAGGUAUCCGCGCUGCUUUUAAAAUCGCACAUACAACACCCAUGACCUCUUUCACCGACGUGCACGCCUCGCACCACCCCGAACUUGACCACCACAUCUCCGGCCUGAGCGAUGCAGAGCUGGCGGAUGUUGUUAGGGAGCGCGUGGAAACGGUGUAUCACCCGAUAGGGACGUGUUCGAUGGGAGCUGGCGGCGUCGUUGACUCGGAGUUACGUGUUAAGGGCACUCAGGGGCUCCGAGUGUGUGAUGCAAGUGUUUUCCCUAAACUGGUCUCAGGACACCCGACUGGUGCGGUUAUUGCGACAGCCGAGAAGUUAGCGGAUGUCAUCAAGGCUCACUACAAAUCGUAGGCUCCUCGAUGCGUAUUUUUGUGGUACGUUGUUGAUUCUCAUGUCCUUAUCAUGUAAUUGUACUAUGUACUCGUGUUAUAUACCUAUGUGACAAUUAAAUGGAUUGUUGUGCACUAU